CAGGUUGUACCGGCUCCUCCCCUUCAGUCUUGCACAGGUGUGCCUUCCCCUCCCCUUCAGUCUUGCACAGGUGUACCGGCUCCGCCCCUUCAGCCUUGCACAGGUGUGUUGGCUCCUCCCCUUCUGCCUUGCACAGGUGUGCCGGCCCCUCCCCUUCUGCCUUGCGCAGGUGUGCCGGCCCCUCCCUUUCUGCCUUGCGCAGGUGUGCCGGCCCCUCCCUUCUGCCUUGCGCAGGUGUGCCGGCCCCUCCCUUCUGCCUUGCGCAGGUGUUGCCGGCCCCUCCCUUCUGCCUUGCGCAGGUGUGCCGGCCCCUCCCUCUCUGCCUUGCGCAGGUGUGCCGGCCCCUCCCCUUCUGCCUUGCGCAGGUGUGCCGGCCCCUCCCCCUUCUGCCUUGCGCAGGUGUGCCGGCCCCGCCCCUUCAGUCUUGCGCAGGUGUAUCGGCUCCUCCCCUUCUGCCUUGCACAGGUGUGUUGGCUCCUCCCCUUCUGCCUUGCACAGGUGUGCCGGCCCCUCCCCUUCUGCCUUGCACAGGUUUGCCGGCCCCAUCCCCUUCUGCCUUGCGCAGGUGUGCCGGCCCCUCCCCUUCUGCCUUGCGGAGGUGUGCCGGCCCCUCCCAUUCUGCCUUGCGCAGGUGUAUCGGCU